GUUCAGUGGUAGAAUUCUCACCUCCCAUGUAGGAGACCAGGGUUCCAUUCCCCGCCAAUGCGCUUCAUGUACUGCCAACACCCACCUGUCAGUGGAGGCUUGUGUCUUGCUAUGAUGCUGAACAGGUUUCUGCAGAGCUUCCAGACUAAGACAGACUAUGAAGAAAGGCCUGGAGAUCUACUUCCAAAAAUCAGCCAAUGAAAACCCUAUGAAUCACAACGGUCUGAUCUGUAACUGAUCAUGGCGAUGGCACAGGACCAAGUAGAGUUUUGCUCUGUGGUGCGUGGAAUCCCCAUGAAUCUGGGCCAACUCACCAGCAGCUAACGAUAAAUGAAAUUAUAAAUGUCCUGAGGGCUCAGAUUGUGCCUUUACACAUAAAAGGAUCCAAUUAAUGUUUUUAAAUCAAUGAUGUCAAAGUGAACAAAAGCUUAAAGAUCAUCUGGUUUUGGGGGGACCUCAUGCUACCAAGAAGCACCGGGAGCAGAGCACAUCCUUUGGACUUGGAGUUCCUGUGUGGAGAAGCUCCUAGUCCAGGGGAAGGUUUUACAAGAAAGGCCUUCCUCCAGAGUUGAAAGAGAGAGAAAGCCUUCCCCUGGAGCUGAUACCCUGAAUUUGGACUUCUAACAUACUAGACUGUGAGAAAAUUAAUUUCUCUUUGUCAAAGCCAUCCACCUGUGGUAUUUCUGUUACAGCAGCACUAGAUGACUAAGACAGAAUUUGGUAUGGAGAGAGUGGGGUGCUGCUCUAACAGAUACCUAAAAUGUGGACGUGGUUUUGAAACCUGAAUGACAGGGAAGCAGCAGUGGCAGAGACCUAGCAGCAACAGAACCAGGAAACCAGUGUGGGAUGGUGCUGGAGCCAAUCCAUGGAGCAAGAGAGCUGAGUGCCUGUGUGCAGGAGGCUUCCUAGCAGAGUGGGGUGCCUCCAGGCACUUAUUGGUGGAGCUAAGCUUUGGCACACUUGCCCCAGCAGGGCAGGUGCAGGUGUGAGACCUGAGGCACCGAGAGGCCAAGAAACCAGGAAACAGAAGCUGAAGGGACAAAGAACACAAGCUGAGCUGCCACAGUCUCAAAAUGUAUGGUCAUGACCUCAUGGGUUUCAAACGGUGGAGCCAUGGCUUCUAGUGUUUCUAAGGGUGGAGUCGCCAUUCAGAUAGACUAGGAGAAUGGUGAGUCUAAAGCCGAGGGAGCAGAGUUGCUGUCCCAGUGGGCCUGGAAGGUGGUGCUGAAGCCCAGGGCCGAGGAGCUUCCAUUCAGAAUCCAGAGAGUGUGGCCAAUACCUAAAGUUUGGAGGGCAGGGCCAUUGUUUAAAUUGUCUCAGAGAACAGGGGAUUAUUUUCAAAGCCUUGAGGGCUGAUGUAAUAUGUUCUGCUGACUUGCUUGGUGCCUGUCGUCCCUUCUUUUUCUCCAGUUUCUCCCAUUUGUAAUGGAAAUGUCUAGCUUGUGCCUGUUCUGCCAUCGCACCUUUGGAAGCAGAUAACGUGUAUUCUAGAUUUCACAGAUGAAGAAUUUUUGGAUUUUGGACUUGAGUUAAGAUUUUUGCUAUGAUGUGACAGGGUAUGUUUUGCAUGGUGCAAGUGAGACAGGUAGGGCUAAUUGUGCUGGCAGAACAAAAGAGCUGUUAAAAGAUUACUUCUAGAAGUUGGGAAAACAGGAACCACAUCCUGUCAAUAUGAGAUAAAGUUAAAACAACCCAUGAAUUACUACCUCCUCCUUAGUGUUUUUCUAGUCCCUUCCCCCUUUACAGGCUCUGCAUGAGCAGAAGAACAAAGUGUGACCACUGUUUAACCUUCCUUAGUCCGUCGAAGAGGGUGAUGUAGUGCUGAAGAUCAGUGUGCCUGCACCAUAUGCCCUAAUAAAUGAUGCCAAGGGUUGCCGAGAGGACUUCGUCUUGAAUAUCAGCAGGUUCCAUCUUGGAUUCCAGAUAUGCGUGCAACCUAAUUAGUCUGCACCGUUAUUCUGAGAAGUACCCGCCCCUUGAAAGAAACCCACUAAAUAUUCAUUACUCUAUUGUCUCCACCAAACCUAUAUAAGCCCUAGCCUUGCUUCCCUUUUCAAGUCAGUCUUUUGGAGUGGCAUAAGCCCCCACUGACUCUUCUACUUGUCACAAGUAAAAUAAACCUGUUAGAGCUGAAUCCAAAAUUGUCUCCUCUGUGUAUUCUUACGAGAGAAAGACAAGAACCCAUUGAGUCCAGAGGGCCUCCGUGCCCUCCGCGGUAACACAAGGAUGUGAUUUUGGGGGGGCUAAGGGGUCAUGGAUUGAAUUGUGUCCCCCCAAAAUAUGUGUUAACUUGGUUACGCCAUGAGUUCCAGUAUUGUAUGGUUGUCCUCUAUUUUGUGAUUGUAAUUUUAUGUUAAAGAGAAUUCAGGUGGGAUUGUAACAUAACCCUCACCCAGGUCACAUCCCUCAUCCAAUGUAAAGGGAGUUUCCCUGGGGUGUGGCCUGCACCACAUUUUAGCUCUCAAGAGAUAAGAAGGGAAUGGAAGCAAGCAGAGAGGGGGACCUCAUAUCACCAAGAAAGAAGCACCGGGAGCAGGGUGCAUCCUUUGGGCUCUGAGUUCCUGCGUGGAGAAGCUCCUAGUCCAGAGAUUGACGAGAAAGCCCUUCCUCCAGAGCCAACAGAAAGAGAAAGCCUCCCCUGGAGCUGACACCCUGAAUUUGGACUUCUAGCCUACUAGACUGUGAGAAAAUAAGUUUCUCUUUCUUAAAGCCAUCCACUAGUGGUAUUUCUGUUAUAACUGCACUAGAUGACUAAGACAGUCCUCAAAGUAACAUCUUUGUUUUUUAACAAUUUAAAGAGGUCUUGUGCAGCAGACUUGCCAAUGCAAUGCAUCAUUUGAUUUCUUGACAGCUGAUUCCAUGGGCAUUGAUUAUGGAUCCAAGCAAAAUGAAAAAUUUGACAACUUUAAUAUUUUCUCCAAUUAUGAUGAUGUUGCUUAUUGGUCUAGUUGUGAUGCUUUUUGUUUUCCUUAUGAAGGCUGUAGUCUUUGACCUUCAUCAGUAAGUGCUUCAAAUCCUCUUUGCAUUCAGCAAGCAAGGUUAUGUCAUCUGCACAUCACAGAUUGUUAAUGAGUCUUCCUCCAAUCCUGAUGCUGCCUUCUUCAUAUAAUCCAGCUCCUCAGGUUAUUUGCCCAGCAUACAGCUUGAAUUAAUAAGGUGAAAGGACACAAUAAAAAAAUUUUUAAGAGACCAUCUGUUUUCAAGCACUUUGGAAGAAUUAUUUUAAUAAUAAAUAAUUAAACUAGUUAGUUCAAAUUAAUUUUAUCUAGUUAUUGGCAGUUUGGCCAAGGCCUUUUUUUGGCGAAUAAUUAAGUCAGCCUGAAUAAAACAGGCAAACUGCAUAGAAACUGCAUAUUUUCAUCUAAUUUAGAUUAUCUUCCUCACAAUUGCUCUAGAUUAGAAGAUGAGUUCUGCUCUGGACAAGAAGCAGGAACUUUAAAUUUUACAAGUUAAUGCCCAUGACAUGAAAAAUGUAUGGGAUAAUAUCAUUAAUAAACAUUAAGCAACUACUAGCCUAAAGGUUGGCAGCAUCUGGGGAGACAGGCCUGGUGAUCUGCUUCCAAAAGGUCAGUCUUGAAAACCCUAUGGAGCAGUUCUGCUCUGCACACAUGGGGUCGCUAUGAGCCAGAAUCUACUUGACAGCAGAUAACAGCAACAACAAAACUGACCUUAAACUAAUUUCCCUAUUUCUGGCUCUCUCACCCAAAAACACAUUUUAAGGAUCAAAGAUUAGACAGGACUAUAAAACAAAAAAUAAUACAUGUGAGUAAUGUGCUUCUUAGCUUAAUCAGAUAUAUGAGACCAAAUGCGCAGCUCCUGUCCAAAAGCAGGAUGAGAAGACAGGAAGACACAGGAACUGGCUGAAUGGACACAGGGAACAUGGGGUGGAAAAGGAGAGUGUGCUGUCACAUUGUGGGGAUUGCAACUAAUGUCAAAAAACAACAUGUGUGUAAAUUUUUGAAUGAGAAAUUAAUGAACGAGCUGUAAACUUUCACCUAAAGCACACAAAAAAGAAAACAAACAAAAAAAGAAUUGUUAAGUAAAAACAUCAGAGUUUAAAAGUAUUCGCCCUAAGACACUCUUCUGAACUGGAACUGAGGCCACUCCUGGAGACCACCUUUCAGCCAAACCAUAGCCAGACUCGUAAAAUAAACAAUAACACUUGAGAGGAAUGUGCUUCUUAGAACAAUCAAUUAGCAACAAUCAAUUAACAAUUAACAAUCAACAAGCUACAUUUGCCCAAAAGCAAAGACGAGAAGGCAGGACAGGGUAGAAAAUCAGGAUGAAAGGAAACGGUAAUCUAGGAUGGAAAAGGGGAGACUGCUGACACAUUGUGGGGAACGAAACUAAUGUCAUGGAACACUUAAUAUACAAACUAUCAAACGCGAAACUGAUUUGCUCUGUAAACUUUCACCUAAUGCACAAUAAAAUUUUUUUUAAAUAAAAGUAUUCAGUUGAUUGUUCUUCAGUUUUUAACAUAAAUUUUGUUUUACCCACAAAAGUGACUGUAAGUGGAAGUAAAUCAGCAGUUCUGAAUCUCUGUCAUGCCCUGGAUCCCUCUGGGAGUCUGGUGAAGCCUAUGGAUGCCGUUUCAGAAUUGUUGUUAGGUGCCGCUGAUUCGGUUUUCGACUCACAGCGACCCUAUGCACAACAGAACGAAACACUGCUGGGUCCUGAGCCGUCCUUACAAUCGUUGUUAUGCAGGAGCUCAUUGUUGCAGCCACUGUGUCAAUCCACCUCGUUGGGGGUCGUCUUCUUUUCCGCUGACCCUAUACUCUCCUAAGCAUGAUAUCCUUCUCUGGGGACUGAUCCCUCCUGACAACAUGUCCAAAGUAUGUAAAACACAGUCUCGCCAUUCUUACCUCUAAGGAGCAUUCUGGCUGUACUUCCAAGAGAUUUGUUCGUUCUUUUGACAGUCCAUGGUAUAUUCAAUAUUCUUCGCCAAUGCAACAAUUCAAAUGCAUCAAUUCUUCUUCGGUCUUCCUUAUUCAUUGUUCAGCUUUCACAUGCAUAUGAUGUGAUUGAAAAUACCAUGGCUUGGGUCAGGCGCACCUUAGUCUUCAAGGUGACAUCUUUGCUCUUCAACACUUUAAAGAGGUCCUUUGCAGCAUAUUUACCCAAUGCGAUGCAUCUUUUGAUUUCUUGACUGCUGCUUCCAUGGCUGUUGAUUGUGGAUCCAAGUAAAAUGAAAUCCCUGACAACUUCAAAUCUGUUCUCUGUUUAUCAUGAUGUUGCUCACUGGUCCAGUUGUGAGGAUUUUUGUUUUAUGUUGAGGCGCAAUCCAUACUGAAGGCUGUGGUCUUUGAUCUUCAUUAGUAACUGCUUCAAGUCCUCUUCACUUUCAGCAAGCAAGGUUGUAUCAUCUGCAUAACGCAGUUUGUUAAUAAGUCUUCCUCCAAUCCUGAUGUCCCGUUCUUCUUCAUAUAGUCCAGCUUCUCGUAUUAUUUGCUCAGCAUACAGAUUGAAUAGGUAUGCUGAAGGAAUACAACCCUGACGCAAACCUUUCCUGAUUUUAAACCAAUCAGUAUCUCCUUGUUCUGUCCGAACAACUGCCUCUUGAUCUAUGUAAAGGUUCCUCAUGAGCACAAUUAAGUGUCCUGGAAUUCCCAUUCUUUGCAAUGUUAUGCAUAAUUUGUUAUGAUUCACACAGUUGAAUGCCUUUGCACAGUCAAUAAUUAACACAGGUAAACAUCCUUCUGGUAUUCUCUGCUUUCAGCCAGGAUCCAUCUGACAUCAGCAAUGAUAUCCCUGGUUCCACGUCCUCUUCUGAAAUCGGCCUGAAUUUCUGGCAGUUCCCUGUUGAUAUAUUGCUGCAGCCGUUUUUGAAUGAUCUUCAGCAGAAUUUUGCUUGCGUGUGAUAUUGAUAUCAUUCUACAAUUUCCAUAUUUAGUUGGAUCACCUUUCUUGGGAAUAGGCAUAAACAUGGAUCUCUUCCACUCAGUUGGCCAGGAAGCUGUCUUCCAUAUUUCUUGGCAUAGAUGAGCGAACACCUCCAGCACUGCAUCUAUUUGUUGAAACAUCUCAAUCGAUAUUUUAUCAAUUCCUGGAGCCUUGUUUUUUGCCAAUGCCUUCAGAGCAGCUUGGACUUCUUCCUUCAGUACCAUCUGUUCUUGAUCAUAUGCCACCUCCUGAAAUGGUUGAACAUCGACUAAUUCUUUUUGGUAUAAUGACUCUGUGUAUUCCUUCCAUCUUCUUUUGAUGCUUCCUCCAUUGUUUAAUAUUUUCCCCAUAGAAUCCUUCACUAUUGCAACUCGAGGCUUCAAUUUUUUCUUCAGUUCUUUCAGCUUGAGAAACACCGAGCGUGUUCUUCCCUUUUGGUUUUCCAUCUCCAGCUCUUUGUACAUGUCAUUAUAAUACUUUGUCUUCUCAAGACGCCCUUUGAAAUCUUCUGUUCAGUUCUUUUACUUCAUAAUUCUUCCUUUUGCUUUAGCUGCUCGAUGUUCGAGAGCAAGUUUCAGAGUCUCCUCUGACAUCCAUCUUGGUCUUUUCUUUCUUUCCUGUCUUUUCAAUAACCUCAUGCUUUCUUCAUGGAUGAUGUCCUUGAUGUCAUUCCACAAGUCGUCUGGUCUUCGGUCACUAGUGUUCAAUGCGUCAAAUCUAUUCUUGAGAUGGUCUCUAAAUUCAGGUGGGAUAUACUCAAGGUCAUAUUUUGGCUCUCGUGGACUUGCUCUGAUUUUCUUCAGUUUCAGCUUGAACUUGCAUGUGAGCAGUUGAUGGCCUGUUCCACAGUCAGCCCCUGGCCUUGUUCGGACUGAUGAUAUUGAGCUUUUCCAUCAUCUUUUUCCACAGAUGUAGUCAAUUUGAUUCCUGUGUGUUCCGUCUGGCACGGUCAAUGCAUAUAGUCGCCGUUUAUGUUGGUGAGAGAAGGUAUUCGCAAUGAAGAAGUUGUUGGUCUUGCAAAAUUCUAUCAUUCAAUCUCUGGCAUUUUUUCUAUCACCAAGGCCAUAUUUUCCAACUACUGAUCCUUCUUCUGUUUCCAACUUUUGCAUUCCAAUCGCCAGUAAUUAUCAAUGUAUCUCGAUUGCAUGUUUGAUCAAUUUCAGACUGUAGCAGCUGAUAAAAAUCUUCAAUUUCUUCAUCUUUGGCCCUAGUGGUUGGUGCAUAAAUUUGAAUAAUAGUUGUAUUAACUGGUCUUCCUUGUAGGUGUAUGGAUAUUAUCCUAUCACUGACAGCGUUGUACCUCAGGAUAGAUCUUGAAACGUUCUUUUUGAUGAUGAAUCCAACGCCAUUCCUCUUCAAGCUGUCAUUCCCAGCAUAGUAGGCUAUAUGACUGUCUGAUUCAAAAUGGCCAAUACCAGUCCAUUUCAGCUCACUAAUGCCAAGGAUAUCGAUCUUUAUGUGUUCCGUUUCAUUUUUGACGAUUUCCAAUUUUCCUAGAUUCAUACUUCAUACAUUUCAGUUUCCGAUUAUUAAUGGAUGUUUGCAGCUGUUUCUUCUCAUUUUUAGUCGUGCCACAUCAGCAAAUGAAGGUCCUGAAAGCUUUACUCCAUCCACGUCAUUAAGGUCAGCUCUACUUUGAGGAGGCAGCUCUUCCCCAGUCAUCUUUUGAGUGCCUUCCAACCUGGGGGGCUCAUCUUCCAGCACUAUAUCAGACAAUGUUCUGCUGCUAUUUAUAAGGUUUUCACUGGCUAAUGCUUUUCAGAAGUAGACUGCCGGGUCUUUCUUCCUAGUCCGUCUUAGUCUGGAAGCUCAGCUGAAACCUGUCCUCCAUGGGUGACUUUGCUGGUAUCUGAAUACAGGUGGCAUAGCUUCCAGCAUUACAGCAACACGCAAGCCUCCACAGUACGACAAACUGACAGACACGUGGGGAUGUCUCAGAAUGAUGUUUUUAAAUGCAUAAAAUAAAACACAUAAGAUUACAAACAAAGCCAAUUCUACUGAAAUACAAUUUUUAAAACGUUAAAAAUAGGUCCCCAGACUUUCUGGUAGGCCAAGACAGGAACCAUUCCCAAAGCCAGCUCUUCAGAGAGGGAUUGGACUGGACUAUAAGACAGAAAAUGCUACUGGUGAGGAAUGAGUUUCUUGGGUCAAGUAGACACAUGAGAGACUAUGUGGGCAGCUCCCCUCUGGAGGGGAAAUGAGAAAGCAGAGGGGAAAGGAGCUGGCUUAAUGGGCACAGGGAAUACAGGGUGGAGAGAGGGAGAGUGCUGUCUCACUCUGGGGAGACUAACUAGGAGUAUAUAGCAAGGUCUAUGUAAAUUUUUGUAUGAGAGACUGACUUGAUUUGUAACCUUUCACUUAAAGCACAAUAAAAAUUUUAAAAAAAGUUAAAAAUAUAAAUUUGUGAUAUAGUAACAUACAUGCUUCUAUAUAAAUGCAUUAAAUAACAAGAGUUAAUAACUAUCCUGAAUUUGAAGUAUUGAUGAGGAUAAAUGAUAUUUCAAGAUAUCGGCAAAAAUUGUUAUGUGAUAUAAAAAUAUCUGGGUUUUCUUUUGGUGAUAAAGUCACAAGCAUUCCUACUAUUACUGUGGUUUAUGGACUAUGUUCAGAAUUGAAGGAAAUGCUGAAUUUCAUUUGUUGCUGUUAGGUGCUGUGGAGUGGGUUCCGACUCAUAGCGGCUCUAUAUACAACAGCACGAAACACUGCCUUGUCCUGCGCUAUCCUCAUGACUAUUGUUAUGCUUGAGCCCAUAAUUUCCAUUACAGGUUAAUAAAAAAAUUAAGAUGUUUAAUUUUUUUUCCAUACAAAUUCACAAAUUCCCUGAAUUCUAUCCAUGGAUCCCUUGUGGAUCUGGGAACCCCAAGUAAAGAACUCUUGAACUAAACAAGUAAACCAAAACCUGUUGCCAUCAAGUUGAUUCCAAUGCUUAACGACCCUAGAGGACAGAGUAGAACUGCCCCAUAGGGUUUCCAAGGAACAGCUGGUGGGUUCAAACUGCCGACCUUUUGGUUAGCAGCCGAGCUCUUAACCAUGGCGCCAUUAGGGCUUCAAACAAGAAAAGUAAUGAAGUAUUUAACAAAAAUCUUCACUGUAUAUCCAACACAGGGGGAAAACUUAGCAAUAAGUAAUUUUAAACUUAUAGAAAUAAAACAUUUUUUAAUUGUGCUAAGAUAUAUAUCACAAAAAAAUUUUGUUUAACCAGUCUUCAGUGUACAAUUCAGUGACAUUAUUCACAUUCACCAAGGUGUGCAACUCUAUUAUCUAUUUCCAAAAAAAAUUUCAAUAACCCUAAACAUAAACCUAGUACUUAUUAAGUAGUAACUCCACAUUUUCUCCUUCUCCUAGCCUCUGGUAACCACUAACAAACUUUUGUCUCUAUGCAUUUUCUGUUCUAGAUAUUCUAUACAAGUGGAAUCAUACAGUAUUUUGUCCUUCUGAAUCUGACUUAUUUCACUCUCAUGUUUUUAAGAUCCAUCCAUGUGGCAGCAUGUAUCAGAACUUCAUUUCUAUUUAUGGCUGAGUAAUAUUCUAUUGUAUGUAUGUAUGUACCAUAUUUUAUUUAUCUUUUCAUUUGUUGAUAGAUUUUGGGUAAUUUCUACCUUUUGACUCUUGUGAAUAAUGCUGCAGUGAACAUUGGUGUAAAGAAUAGGUUUCAGUCCUUGCUUUCAAGUCUUUUGGGUAUGUGCCUAGCAGUGGAAUUGGUGGAACAUAUGCUAAUUCUGGGUUUAACUUUAUGAGGAACUACCAAACUGUCUUCCAUAGUGGCUGCACAUUUUACAUUCCCACCACAAUGGACAAGGGUUCCAAUUUCUCCACAUCAUUGCCAACACUUGUUAGUUUUCAUUUUUCUGGUAAUAGCCUCUCCAGUGGGUAUGAGGUAGUAUACUAUUGUGGUUUUUAUUUGCAUUUCCCUAAUGACUAAUGACUUUUAGCAUCUUUUCAUAUGCUUGUUGGCCAUUCAUAUAUCUUCUUUGGGGAAAAGUCUAUUGUGCAUUUUUUUUAAUUGGGUUAUUUGUCUUUUUGUUAUGGUGUUGCAGGAGAUCUUUAUAUAUUAUAGAUAUUAGACCCUUAUCAGAUAUAUGGUUAGCAAAUGCUUUCUCCCAUUCUGUAGUUUGGCUAAGCCAUUUGUUUUUAAGAAAAUAAAAAUUUUAAAACAAAAAAUAAAUUUAAGGAAAAAUAUUGAAAAAUCUCCAUCCCUCUUCUUUAUCCUAUAGGCUCAGAUGCCCCAUCCUUAAAAGUAACCAUUGUUAUUAGUUUCUUGUAUAUCUUUCUACAAUUUGUUAUGUAUAUAUGAGCAAAGUUUUAAAAACAUAUGUUGUUGUGUGCUCUUGAGUUGACUCAGACCCAUAGUGGUCUUAUACAACAGAGUAGAACUGCCCCAUAGGGUUUCCUAGGCUGUAAUCCCUAGGGAGCACAUCGUCGGGUCUUUUCUCCCACGGUGCCACUGAGUGGGUUCAAACCGCCAACCUUUCAGUUAGCAGCCAAAAACUUAACAAUUGCACCAACAGAGCUCCUUAUCAAAGUACAUAAGGAACUAUAAUUUGUUUACAAAGUAUAAGCAAAUAAUUUAUUUGAAAACUCUUUAUAGUCUUAUAAAAAAUAAUAAUGGUUUAUAUAGAAUUUAGGAGUCCUGGUGGUGCAACAGUUAAGCACUUAGCUGCUAACAGAAAGGCUGGCAAUUCAAACUCACUCAGUGGCUCCAUGGGAGAAAAGACCUGGUGAUCUGCUCCCAUACCAAAAAAAAAAAAAACCCAGUGCCAUCGAGUCGAUUCCGACUCAUAGUGACCCUAUAGGACAGAGUAAAACUGCCCCAUAGAGUUUCCAAGGACCAUCUGGCGGAUUCAAACUGCUGACCCCUUGGUUAACAGUCAUAGCACUUAACCACUACGCCACCAGGGUUUUUUGGCUCCCAUAAAGAGUAAAAAACCAAAACCAAACCCAAACCCAUUGCCAUCAAGUCAAUUCUGAUUCACAGUCGACCCUGUAAGGACAGGAUACAACUGCCCCAUGGGUUUCCAAGGCUGUAAAUUCUUAUGGAUGCAGACUGCCACAUCUUUCUCCUUCUGAGCAACUGCUGAGUUAGAACUGCUGACCUUUUGGUUAGCAGCCAAGCACUUUAACCACUGCAUUACCAGUCUCCUUCCGUAAAGAGUACAGCCUAGAAAACCCUACGGGGCAGUUCAACUCUGUCACACGGGGUCGCUAUGAGUUGGAAUCAACUUGUCAACAUCUAACAACAGCAGCAUUGAUUCCGCCUCAUAGCAACCCAAUAGGACAGAGUAGAACUGCCCCAUAGGGUUUCCACGGAGCAGCUAGUGGAUUCAAACUGUCAACCAUUUUGAUUAGCAGCCAAGCUCUUAACCACUGUGCCACCAGGGACUCUAUUUACUUCCAGGUUUUUAAAAUAUUUGUAUUGCUAUUUUUGUAUUUAUCAAUUUUAGAUGGUAUCUAUAGACGUAGCUGUUUUGGUGGUAGCUGAGGUUUUAGAUCUCUUACACCACCACCAUCCAUUUCUCCACUCCCAUCCUCAUAUAUAGUGGCAUAGUUGGUUAAAUCAGUAGUCGAUGAUUGCAUUAUUAUGAUUCUAUGAUUCACUGGUGAACUGUUUCCUUUUUUACACACUUUUUGUUUUUCCUAUAGUUGUUAAUUCACAACUCAUCUGUCAGUUUGUCAUACUGUGGUGGCCUGCAUGUUGCUGUAAUGCUGGAAGCUAUGCCACCGGUAUUUCAAAUAUCAGCAGGAUCACUCAUGAUGGACAGGUUUCAGUGGAGCUUCCAGACUAGGACAGACUAGGGAAGAGGACCUGGCAGUCUACUUCUGAAAAAAUUGGCCAGCAGAAGCCUUAUGAACAGCAGCAGAACAUUGUCUGAUAUAGUGCCGGAAGAUGAGCCCCUCAGGUUGGAAGGCACUCAAAAUACAACUGGGGAACAGCUGCCUCCUCAAAGUAGAGUCGAUUUUAAUGAUGUGGAUGGAGUAAAGCUUUCAGGACAUUCAUUUGCUGAUGUGGCACAACUCAAAAUGAGAAGGAACAGCUGCAAACAUCCAUUAAUAAUUUAGGACAUGGAAUGUACGAAAUAUGAAUCUAGGAAAAUAGGAAGUUGUCAAAAAUGAAAUGGAACACACAAAGAUCGAUAUCUUAGGCUUUAGUGAGCUGAAAUGGACAGAUGUUGGCCAUUUUGAAUCAGACAAUCAUAUGAUCUGCUACACUGGGAAUGAGAAACUGAAGAGUAAUGGCAUCAUGUUCAUCGACAAAAAUAACAUUUCAAGAUCUAUCCUGAAAUACAGUCCUGUCAGUGACAGGAUAACAGCCAUACGCCAACAAGGAAGACCAGUAAAUAACAGCCUUUAUUCAAAUUUAUGCACCAACCACUGAGGCCAAAGAUGACAAAAUUGAAGAUUUUUACCAACUUCUGCAGUCUGAAAUUGAUCAAACAUGCAGUCAAGAUGCAUUGAUAAUUACUGGUGAUUGGAAUGCAAAUGCUGGAAACAAAGAAGCAGGAUAAGUAGUUGGAAAAUAUGGCCUUGGUGAUAGAAAUGGCACUGGAGAUCACAUGAUAGAAUUCUGCAAGACCAGUGACUUAUUCGUUGCAAACACCUUUUUCAACAACAUAAACAGCAACUAUACAUGCUGACCUCGCUGGAUGGAAUACACAUAUCAAAGGCUGGCACAGCUAAUUGUUUUAAUAAAGUAAAAAAUUAUCACUGACUUAAACAUGUUACUGAUUUAAAGUAGAGUAGCUAAAGCAAACAGAAGAAAUGAUGAAGUAAAAGAGCUGAAUAUAAGAUUUCAAAGGUUGGCUCGAGACGACAAAGUAAAGCAUUAUAAUAAAAUACACAAAGACCUGGAGAUAGAAAGCUGAAAGGGAGGAACAUGCUCGGCCUUUCACAAGCUGAAAGAACCGAAGAAAAAUUUCAAGCCUUAAUUUGCUAUGUUGAAGGAUUCUAUGGCAAAAUAUUGAAUGACUCAGGAAGCAUCAAAAGAAGAUGGAAGGAAUACAAAGACACACUGUACCAAAAAGAAUUGGUCGACAUUCACCCAUUUCAGGAGAUGGUAUUGAAUGAAGAAGUCCACGUUGCACUGAAGGAAUUGGCAAUAAACAAGACUCCAGGAAUUGAUGGAAUAGCAACUGAGAUGUUUCAACAACAGAUGCAAUGCUGGAAGCACUCACUCAUCUAUGCCAAGAAAUUUGGAAGACAGCUACCUGGCCAACUGACAGGAAGAGAUCCAUAUUUGUACCGAUUUCGAAGAAAGCUGAUCCAACUGACUGUGGAAAUUAUUGAACCAUAUCAUUAAUAUCACAUGCAAGUAAAAUUUUGCUGAAGAUAAUUCAAAAACAGUUGCAGCAGUACAUCAACAGGGAACGGCCAGAAAUUCAAGCCAGAUUCAAAAGAGGCCGAGGAACGAGGGAUAUAAUUGCUGAUACCAGAUGGAUCUUGGCUGAAAUUAGAGAAUACCAGAAAGAUGUUUACCUGGGUUUUAUUGACUAUCCAAACGCAUUUAACUGUAUGGAUCUUAACAGAUUAUGGGUAACAUUGCAAUGAACGGGAAUGCAAGAACACUUAUGUGGAAGCUGUACAUAGACCAAGAGGCAGUCAUUCGAACAAAAGCACUUACUGAUGAAGAUCAGUACGGAUUAUACCUCAACAUAAAAAAAGCAAAAAUCCUCACAACUGGAUCAAUAAGCAGCAUCAUGAUAAACAGAGAAAAUAUUGAAGUUGUCAAGGAUUUCAUUUUACUUGGGUCCGCAAUCAAUGCUCAUGGAAGCAGCAGUCAAGAAAUCAAAUGAGGAAGGGACAGGAACUGGAUGAAUGGACACAGGGAGCCUGGGGUAGAAAGGGAGAAUGUGCUGUCACAUUGCAGCAAUUGCAACCAAUGGCACAAAACAAAGUGUGCAUAAAUUUUUGAAGGAGAAAUUAACUUGAGCUAUAAACUUUCACCAAAAGCACAAUAAAAUUUAAAUUAAAAAAAAUCAAAUGAUGUAUUGCAUUGGGCAAAUCCGCUGCAAAAGACCUCCUUAAAGUGUUAAAAAGCAACGGUGUCACUUUGAGGUCUAAGGUACACCCACCAGGCCACAGUAUUUUCAAUCACCUCAUAUGCAUGUGAAAGCUGGACAACGAAUAAAGAAGAACGAAAAAGAUUUGGUGCCUUUAAAUUAUGGUGUUGGUGAAGAAUAUUGAAUGUACUGUGGACUACCAGAGGAACAAAUAAAUCUGUCUUGGAACAAGUACAGCCAGAAUGCUCCUUAGAAGCAAGGAUGGCAAGACUUAGUCUCAUGUACUUUGGUCAUGUUAUCAGGAGGGACUAGUACCUGGAGAAAGACAUCAUGCUCUGUAAAGCAGGUCAUCGAAAAAGAGGAAGACCCUCAAGGAGAUAGACCAACACAGUGGCUGCAACAAUGGCCUCAAACACAGCAAUGAAUGUGAGGAUGGUGCAGGACCAGGCAAUGCUUCCUUCUGUCGUACAUGGGGUCACUAUGAGUCGGAAUCGAAUCGAUGGCACCUAAGAACAACAACAUAGUUGUUAAUGACUCAAAAUAAAUUUAAUAUGCAGCACUAUAUCAUAAACUUAAUAUGCCAUCAUUAGGCAAUGUGGUUUAGUGGCCUCACUCUGACAACCCUGAAAUUAGUUGUGAUCUUGAAAAACCAACUUUACCUGAGCCUGUUUUCUCACCUCUAAAAUAGGAGGUAAUACUUGCCCUGUCGUUCUCACAAGGUUCUUGUGAGAAGCAAAGUAACAAUGAGAUAGUGAAUGUGAAAGGCCCUUAUAAAUUAUGUGAGCAAAAUAUAAGGCAAAAUAAUUAUUAGACCAAAGGUUUUACCAUUUUUGACCCUGAAACAAGAUUCUAAUCUUGAUUCCUCUGAUUAAGUGACUUUAGGUAAAUCUUUUCAUGAUUGAGGUAGCUGUUUUUUAACUGGUAAUACAAACAUCAAAAUUUAUGAAUAAUUACUCUAUGUUUACACUGCUUACACAAUUUAUUUGAAUAUAUAACUAAGUUUGUAAAAUAAGAAGCUUAUACUACUAAUCUGCUAAGUACCUGCCAGCUCUGAUUUUAUGAUUUUGCUUCUAAAUGACCUUACGAUUUUAUCUCAAACCUAUCUAUUGUCCCCAUAGACACAAUACAGUGGUGAUAUAUAAUAACUAGCGGACUGCUAAAGCAACUGGUUUCCUGAAGAUACAGGACACUAUAACGUGGGAAUGCAAUUAUGUGACAGAUUCAAUAACAAAAUAACAAAAUAAUCAAAUUAAUAUGAUGAAUUAAACAGCUGAUGAGAACACUUUGGUCCCCGCAGAAAAGCACUCUGUAUCGGAAAGGCUUUGCACACGCAAUUACUUCACCUUUGCGUGUUGUUACUGGCUUGUCGGGGCUGAGACGUGGCGCCAUAGAUUUCCCUGGCUUGGGGUUCCCGGCGUGCUUUGCGCGCUGUUCUUGGCGGGAAAGGUUACCUCGACUGAAGGGCAAAAGGCCACCGUCGCGUUCUCGCGGGCGCGGGCGACCGACCGUUGAAGGAAGGCGCAUGCGCCCCGAGCAAAGCGCGUGUCUCCUCGAGCCGCUUUUCUGGUCGCUGGAGUCGGGUCCUCAGACGUUCCGUAAUAUAUAUAUAUACGUAUUAUUCUUUGCUUUUUAAUCGCUUUUUCUGUCACCUCUCGUUUACAUUUAAGUUUCUAAAAGGCUUAAUGACAAAAUAUUUGGAGAAAAAUGUGUAUACCUUCUUAUUUUUCUCAAGAGGUUCUUCAGAUUAGGUUGACCCUAGCGUCUAGUCCAGGUCUCAUCAAAAUAGGUUUAUGUUAUACGUUUACGUUAAAGAGACUCUUCUGUGAACUCUUCUAGUUAAAUUGCUUCAUUAAGAAAAAUGAAAUUGGGGCAGAAAAAUUAUAAUUGAAACAUACAUCAAAUACACCCGUUGCCAUGGAGUCGGUUCCCAUUCAUAAAAAAAAAGGGACCCUUAAACGGCAAAAUACCAAGGUUGUAAUUGAGAAAUUAGAAUUAGUCACAAAAAUCUGUAGUAUUUUCUGUUGCCCUAUUAUGGCUGUUACACAGUAUGAAAAUAUGUUAUAUCCAGAGCCCUGCUGAAGUUCAGUGAAGGAAAGUUACUUGAUUUGGUUAUUUUGAAACUACAGAUUUUUAAAAUAAACAUUAGGUUAUUUUAAAGGAAUUUAGCUGGGCAGUUUUUCAUUACCUAAUGCCUACCAGCAAAAUGUUGUCAAUGCUUAAAUACUGUAACGAAAAGGAAGGUUGUGCCUUUUUUAAAAAGCGCUGAGUUUUACACAGUGCUAAAUAAAAAACUUGAUUUUUAGUAACCCAUUUAUUUGAGGCAUGCAAACAGCUUACAAUUAGGACAUUACUCGAGAUAGUUGUAAUGUGGACCUCUACCUUUUUUUAAAGAAUGAAAAUAAAUUUUUAGUUUAUUCACAUAAUAAUCUUUCCGACUUGUAAUAAACUAGAAUACCAGGGAUAAAAGUAAGUUCUGAAGUUAAUAAAAGCUUAUAUUUGUGUCACAAGGUUGAAUUAAAGAAAAUACUCUGUCAGAAGAAGAUGGCCACUGCACAGUUGCAGAGAACUUCCAUGAGUGCAUUGAUAUUUCCCAGUAAAAUAUCAACUGAGCAGCAGUCUUUGGUGUUAGUAAAGAGGCUCCUAGCAGUUUCAGUAUCCUGUAUUACGUAUUUGAGAGGAAUAUUUCCAGAAUGUGCUUAUGGAACAAGAUAUCUAGAUGAUCUUUGUGUCAAAAUUCUGAGAGAAGAUAAAAAUUGUCCAGGAUCUACACAGUUAGUGAAGUGGAUGCUAGGAUGCUAUGAUGCUUUACAGAAAAAAUAUCUAAGGAUGGUUGUUCUAGCUGUAUACACCAAUCCAAAAGACCCUCAGACAAUUUCAGAAUGUUACCAGUUUAAAUUCAAGUACACCAGUAAUGGACCAGUAAUGGACUUCAUAAGUAAAAACCAAAACAGCGAAUCUAACAUGUCAUCUGCUGACACCAAGAAAGCAAGUAUUCUCCUCAUUCGCAAGAUUUAUAUUCUAAUGCAAAAUCUGGGACCUCUACCUAAUGAUGUUUGUUUGACCAUGAAACUUUUUUACUACGAUGAAGUUACACCACCAGAUUAUCAGCCUCCUGGUUUUAAGGAUGGUGAUUGUGAAGGAGUGAUAUUUGAAGGGGACCCUAUGUACUUAAAUGUGGGUGAAGUCCCAACACCUUUUCACACCUUCAAAGUAAAAGUAACCACUGAGAAAGAACGAAUGGAAAACAUUGAUUCAGCUAUACUGUCACCAAAACUAUCAUUAAAAACACCACUUCAGAAAAUCCUGAUGGACAAAGAUGAUCUAGAAGAUGAACAGGAGCAUUAUAUAAAUGAUGAUUUUGACACUGGAACUAAAAUGGAAGAGCAAAAGAAAAACCCUGGAUCUCCUGAACUUGGAGAACCAAACUUGAUUUGCGAGGAAGAUGAAAUUAUGAGGUCUAAAGAAAGUCCAGAUCUUUCAGUUUCUCAUUCUCAGGUUGAGCAGUUAGUCAGUAAAACAUCUAAACUUGAUGUGUCUGAAAGCAAAACAAGAAGUGGAAAAAUAUUUCAGAGUAAGAUGGCUAAUGGAAAUCAACCAGUAAAAUCUUCUAAAGAAAAUCGGAAGAGACGUCAGCCCGAACCAGGCAAAAGAGUCCUCCAUCACUUUGAUUCUUCUAGUCAAGAGUCAGUGCCAAAAAGGAGAAAGUUUAGUGAACCAAAGGAACAUAUAUAAAAAUUAUUUUCUUUUCUGCCGUUUGCAAAG